GAAAAGACCGUCGCAAUUUUUUUAAAAGAGCGAGAGACGGCGGCUUGACCAGCUUCAUCGUCGGAGUCGAUAAAUAGAGGCGUCUUCAUGAUCUUGCUCAUAUAAUCCUCCUAAUUAAAGCAACAAAGUUCAAAUCAAUGGCGACGAAGCCGACGGUGGUGUUCUAUCCGGUGGACGGCAUGGGCCACGUGGUUCCCAUGGUCGAGUUGGCUAAGCUCUUCGUCCUUCACGACUUCGCCGCCGUCGUCGUCCUCAUGCACACACACACAAAGCACCCUUCCUUCGACCCCUUCGUCGCCCGCGUUUCCGCCUCCCAUCCUUCCAUCUCCUUCCAUCCGCUCCCGCCAACGGCUGAAUCCGUCGACGAAACGAUCAUUUAUCCCGUCAGGCAGAACAAUCCCCAGUUCCUCCGAUUCCUCUCUUCCUAUCGCCAGAAAUCCGACGUCCGCGCCGUCAUCCUCGAUUUCUUCUGCACAGAUGCGCUCGACGUCGCCGCCGAGCUCGGACUCCGCACCCACGUCUUCUUUCCCUCCGGUGCCUCCGUCCUCUCCCUUUUCCUCUACCUCCCGACCAUGUACGCCGCCAUGGACGUCAGCUUCGGAGACCUCGGCGAUGCGCCGCUUCACUACCCGGGGAUGCACCCCGUCCCGGCCUCCCACAUGCCCAGAUCGAUGAUGAACCGCGAAAACGUUAUGUUUAAGAAGAUGCUGCGCCUGCUCGAUCGCUUACCCGACGCCGACGCCAUCCUUAUCAACUCGUUCGAUCUCUUCGAAGCAGAGGCCGUCCAGACUCUUCGAAGUGGGGUGUGCGUUCCGGGCCGUCGGAUGCCGAGGGUUUACUGCGUCGGCCCGUUGGCCGUCGACGCGAGCGAAGGCAUCGGAGAAAGAAAGGGCGAAAGGGCUGCGUGCUUAGCGUGGUUGGAUGCGCAGCCACGCGGCAGUGUGAUUUUUCUCUGUUUCGGUAGCAUGGGGUCGUUCUCGGCGGAUCAACUCAAUCAGAUUGCCACUGGCUUGGAAAGGAGUGGCCAGCGUUUCCUGUGGGUAGUCCGGGCUCCGCCUAGUGUAAAUGGAGUGACCCAGCCUCCGUCGGAGCCGGACUUGGAUGAUCUGAUGCCGGAGGGAUUCUUGGAGCGGACCAAGAAGAGGGGGUUGGUGGUGAACUCGUGGGCGCCGCAGGUGGAGGUGCUGAAUCAUGCUUCGGUGGGGGUUUUCGUGACGCACUGCGGGUGGAACUCGGUGCUGGAGGCGAUCACCGCCGGGGUGGCGAUGGUGGCGUGGCCGCUGUACGCGGAGCAGCGAUUGAACAAGGUGUUUCUGGUGGAUCAGAUGAAGUUGGCGGUGGCGAUGGAGGGGUACGACAGAGAAAUGGUGACGGCGGAGCAGUUGGAGACGAAACUAAGGUGGGCGAUGGAGUCGGAGGGAGGGAUGGAAUUGAGGAAGCGGGCGGCGGCGAUGAAGGCAAGAGCGGCGGAAGCGAGGCGUGAAGUGGGGUCGUCGCAACUGGCUAUACUGGAAUUGACCGCUAGAGAAAGUCAAAGUAACGUUGACUAA